AUGCCCAUGGGCUGCGGGCCCAAGGUGUGCCCCUUCCGCACCUCCAUGGAGGCUGUUGUGAAGCAGAUGCACCACCGGAUGGCAAUCGAGUUCACAUGCGAGGCUGAUGUCGAUUUCGUCCGCAGCAUGCUCCCACAUCAUGAGGGAGCUGUGGCGAUGUGUGCAGCUUUGGAUGAGUCGCACGGCUGGCUCCAGGUCGGGCUUGUCCACUUCUGCUAUCACGUCGCUUUGGAGCAGAGAUGGGAGGUUCAAGGAAUGCAGCAGUGGUUGGAUGCAAGGAACCUCACAGCUGGCAAGGCCUGCACCGAAGGCUUGGGAUGCGGAGACCUCACGUGUGUGUCCUCUCAGGCAUAUUUGGCUGCAAACCGCCGCAUGCAAGAGGCCAUGACUAUCAACUACAGCUGCCAUACCGAGGAGGACUUUGUGCAGGCUAUGCUUCCGCACCACCAGGGGGCGGUCGAGAUGUGCGCUGUUCUUCUGGAAAGUACUUCACAGGACGUGUACUUGCGGGACUUGUGUGCCAACAUCACCAGGCUGCAGACAGCGGAAAUGUCAUGGAUGAAGGAUUGGCUAACGUUCAAGGGGCUCUCUCCGGCGCAGUGCCACGGUAACUCCGAUUCCACGGCUCCUUGCGCGGAUAUGAUGCCCAUCACUGACAUUUGCCAUGACUUGGGCGGAGAUCGGCUUUGCGACUGCUCUGAGCUUACGGACUCUUGCAGCAGCAUCGCCAUUGCUGGUGGCAG